CAUUUCAUACGACACCAAUCCUGUAGUUCAGAUAACACAUUUGAAAUAAAAAUAUGUGCGCAGAAUUCAAAAUUACAAUCUAGGUAUUUUUAAAAUUAGAAAAUCGUAAUAAAUUAAAAGUAAAUCUGAAGAAUGUCUUAACAACCAGUGAUGUGAUAUAUUUUUUAAUUAAAUGUGUGUGACAACAAAAUGCCGAGGAAACGCGCCAAUAGAUCUCCCCCUGUCGAAAAACUGUCGGAUGAAGCUGAUGACGAUGACUACUUCUUUGAUGACUCUCAAUCUAGUUCUGGUCGAAGUACACAGGAGCCCCAACACAGAAACGCGGCGAACGCACGAGAAAGGGCCAGAAUGCGUGUUCUUUCUAAGGCAUUCUGCAGAUUGAAGACAACCUUACCGUGGGUCCCAGCAGACACCAAGCUGUCCAAACUGGACACGCUGCGGCUGGCAGCCUCCUACAUAGCACACCUGCGGGCGUUGCUGCACGAACCGAGAUCUGCGCACACGCCGCCGCAUCCACUUAGCUUGGCUUGGCCUUUCGCCUUCCAACACGGUGGCAGCAUCAGCUGUUCCAUUUCUCAGAGGUGGAACGUGAAUCAAGGUAAUGAAAGCAGCCGAAUGGAAACUCAACAAAGGCCUUGUAACGUCCCGAACGGGGCUUGCAAUGAGAAUUACACCCAAGACUAUUGUGAAAACGAAUAUGAAGAGAGGUGCUAUGAGGACCUGACGAAGGAAUCAUGUGGCCAAGUGCAAUACUGCGAGUAUGGGUAUAACGAAAAUUAUUAUAAUAUGAGAAAUUAGACAAAAUUUAUAAAAAAUGAAACUAUGUGUCAAAUUAUAAGCAUUCUUUAAGUUAGGUAAUUAGUGGAAAUUAUCCGUCAUAUCGAUAACUUCUUUCGGGAGGGCGUAAAAUAUAUUAUCUUGACCCUUAAAUAUUUUUUUUUCUAUAAUAAUUAAAUAAACCAUAUUUGCAUAUAUACUGUACUUAAAUAUACAUACUGUACUGGCGUUCUUGUAAACGCUGUAACGACGUCAUUCAAUUUGAAAUAUAGGUGCAAAAGGGGGUAAAAAAGAUCUAGCUGGGUCCCAUGUCUGGGAAAAUGCAUUCGUUCGAUCGAUCCCCACCAAAGGAUAGUUUUAUUUUUGUUUUAAUUAUUUAUUAUGGAUCUUCUAACAUCCACCAGUUGAUGUAUUUAUACGAGUCAGUACUUAUAUUGGAUAUCAAAGCAAAAUUACAACAAACCAAAGAUUAUAAUAAAA